GUUGAGCAAAGUCCGUACGUUUACCGAAGAGAGACAAGACAAUGAUUUAUUUUUGUAAACAUUCAACAAUUUACUAUCAUUCGAAUAAGUUGUUCCAAGUGUAUUUCUAGAUAAUAAGUUUAUAUUUAGCCCUAGGAGUUCAAAAUGGUGAGAGUAAACUCCUUGGCUGGCGUUAGAGGACUUCCAAAACCAGUAUCUGCAGAAGCGUCAGACAACUACAUAUUAUCUCCGGAGCAAAUAAAAUUCUAUGAAGACAAUGGAUUUCUCGUCAUUAAAGAGCUUAUUGAUUUCACAUCUCUUUAUAGUUACAAACAGCGGUUUUUACAGAUAUGUAAAGGAAUUGUUCCACCCGGUAAUGUGAGAGUCGUUAAGGAACCCUCUUUAAUCAAGAAGAACUUGCCACCAGAAGAUUAUAUUAAUAAGAUACAAGAACUUCUCUACGAUGACGUGUUCAUCACCUACGGUGAACACCCCCGCAUGCUGUCAGUGCUGUCACAGUUCAUCGGUGAGGACAUCACCGCGGUGAACAGCAUGUUCAUCAACAAGCCGCCCGGCUCCAGCCGACACCCGCCGCAUCAGGAUCUAUUCUACUUCCCCUUCCGUCCGGCCGAGAAGAUCAUAGGCGCGUGGACGGCAGUAGACCAUGUCAACCAAGAGAACGGAUGUCUGUACGCAGUACCCGGGUCACAUAAAGCUAAGAUCUUGUACGAUCAUGCUGGGAAAAAGGACGCCCUGAAAAUGUACCACGGCGUAGAUGAAGAAGAUAUCGCGCCGCUAGACAAACGCGUUCACUUGGAGAUGAGUCCCGGAGACACCGUGUUCCUGCAUCCCUAUCUACUGCACGGCUCCGGACCUAAUGUGUCUAAGAACUACCGCAAAGCCAUAACAUUUCACUUCGCGAACAGCUCAUGCGAGUACAUAGACCUACGCGGCACAGUGCAGGAACAUCUCGCUAAGGAGGUCGAAGAACAAGCUGCGAAGUCAGGAUUCAAAGGACUUAAUUAUGUCGAUGUCUGGCGUUUCAAGAGCAAGCAAGUCAAAGGUGUACGGUCAAACCUUUGAAAAUAUUAUUUGAUUUCGGUGUUGGUAUAAAACUGUCUUCGAGCGCAGUUUCAUAUACAUUCCAAGUUUAUUUAAUAGAAUCAGGUAUUAAAUGUAACUUUUGCAUUUAAGUGAACAAUAUUUUUAUAUAGUAUUUUAUACUAAUCAACGUUCAUUUAACUAUUUGUCUGACAAAUCAAGAAAUACCAAAAGUAGGGAUAAAAUGUUUGUAAAACAUUGGUGCUUGGUGAAUAUCAAAGAUUAAAUAAUAAUAUUAUAUUAAGAAUAUUAUAAAUAUCCUGUUAUAUUCAAUUUCUUAUUUUUAGCUUAUAAACUUAUUAUUUUUGUACAAGAUUUUCAAAACUGACUUUUUAGACUAUUGGAUUGAUAGCAGCUAUGUCGCAGAUUUUUUGCCAAAACAGUGGUUUUUGAAAAAUAUGAAAAAUAGUCAACUUCAAAUGUAAAAAAACAUAGGUUAAUUUUUUUUUUUUAUUAUAAUUUUGAUAAAUUUAUGAUAUAAAAGUUAUGUAAAACAUCGUGAGAUUAUUGUUAAUUACCUUUUUACUAAAUUUAUCUUAAUUUGUGUUGGAAAUUGUGAUAUUUUGCAUAACGUAAUAAAUACAUUUUUAUUGGA